UUUCGGGGAGGCCUUCGGGUGGAACCGAGGAGCGGUGAAUCUGCAGCUCGGGUUUCUUGGAUCUUUGAGGAUGUGAGAGGUUGCCAGGAGCCACGUGCUGGGUUAGAAGUCGUGUGAGCGUCGCUGCAAGUGCCGGCAGAUAGUGAAUUCCCAAGAAGAGCAUGAUGGAUUUCACAUUAGUUGUUCUCUAAGUGUCUGGAGUCAGCAGUGUGCAGUUCGUGUCAGGGGCCAAAAGAAGAUGGCAACUCCUUAUGUCCCCGUCCCUCUGCCCACAGGGGACUCCGCCUCCAGCUUUCUAGCCAGCAGGAACCAAAGAAGUUCAUCGUUUGGGAGCAUCUCAACAAGCUCAAACUCUUCCAAAGGCCAGUUUGAAGACUCAAAUAUGGGGACCUUGAAACAGACCAGGGUGCCUGAUCAAGCGGAUAGCACUUCGUCUGUCAGUAGCAGUCCCCUCGUUAGGACUAAAUUUACAGAUGCGGAUUCCUCCGUUGAAUAUUCCACUAGACCAAGGGAGAGUGAAGAGCGAAAUCCCGAAAUGGCGAAUUUGGACGAUAGGCCUUCUACACCUACUAUUCUGGGCUAUGAGGUGAUGGAGGAAAGAGCUAAGUUUACCGUAUAUAAAAUACUAGUAAAGAAAACUCCAGAAGAAAGCUGGGUCGUGUUCAGAAGGUACACUGACUUCGCUCGGCUUAAUGAGAAAUUAAAAGAGAUGUUUCCAGGCUUUCGGUUAUCACUGCCACCAAAACGCUGGUUUAAAGAUAAUUACAACGCCGACUUCUUAGAAGAUAGACAAUUAGGAUUGCAAGCAUUUCUUCAGAACUUAGUAGCUCACAAGGACAUCGCUCACUGCCUGGCAGUGCGAGAAUUCCUUUGUCUGGACGACCCACCAGGCCCGUUCGAUAGCCUGGAGGAGAGCAGGGCUUUCUGUGAAACUUUAGAGGAGACGAACUACCGUUUGCAGAAAGAGUUGCUUGAAAAGCAGAAGGAGUUGGAAUCCCUGAGGAAAGUGCUCAGUGAGAAGCAGCUUCACAUAGACACGCUGGAGAGCAGGCUCAGAGCAUUGUGUUCAGAAGCGGAAGAGUCGCUGUGCUUGUCAGGGACAGAAGGCGAACGGUUCCGAAAGGCGAAGUCCUCUGCACUUGACCUUAGUCGAGAAGUCUUGGAUGGAGAAUCUAGCGCUCAUGACAAGUCACGCCUAAGCCUUAGCGAACCCGAAACCUCCGCGUCGGAGAUAGAAGUAGCAGAGGUGGCAUAUAACGCCGAGGAAGACAGCACCUCAUAAGCCGGUCCCUCCGUCUCUACGUUUCAGCUAUUUUGAGUAGAAUGUCAGAUCUUUAAAAAGAAAAAAAGACAAGCAUUACAGAAAACAGCAAGAAUGCACAUGUAUAGAGUUUACGUUGAAGCAGAGUUUUUUAAGUUAUUGGCAUAGGAAAUAUAGUCACUGCUGCUUUCAAUUGUCUUUUAUUCAACCUUCGUAUUUAAUACACUAGAAAAAAUCCUAGCUAGUGUUCUGUUAUCAGGAAUCACAUCCUUAAAUCCUGCGCAUAAAUUAUUUCGGUGUUUUGCCAACACAUUGCUCUAGACUAAUGUGCGUUUAAAUUACCAGUUAUGUUAGUCAAAUGGAAAUUCAUUGCAUGUUGCUGCCUGGUUGAUAUACACUUCUUUGUAUCUCUGACAUGAUAUAUUGUCGCUAAUGGUUUAAAUCAGUGCUAAAGAUUGGAUUGAGUUUAAAUAUUGACGUGUUUACCAUCUCUAAAUAAAAAUUGCUUAUUUGGAAUGGUACUGCUAUUUAAAAGAAGACAACUUUCUAGUACCAAAGGAACACUCUUUGAAAGAGCUGUGUUAACAUAGCUCAAUGAUAAAAUAGUCUUGAUUUUGAAACGUAGUUUGUUAACAUUGAAAUACUGUAAGUGUCCCUGUUUAUUAUGUUCUACUUGUUUAUUUUCCACAUUAUCUUAAAUCUCUACCUAUAGAAUCAGUGAGUUUGCCUCUCUCAGAACACUACCUCUUUUCGCUAAUCAAGGCAUACUCUUGAAAAUAUAUUAUAGAUUCUAAGCAAAUAGAGAGUUAUACAAAAAAUAAAAAUAAAAAGCCAUAUAAACUACAGAGUUUCUAACUAUGUUGACUCCUGGCAUUGCAUUUUUAUUUCUGUAUGUGUAAAUAUGUUACUAUAAUAUAUUCUGGAUGAUUUUCUUUUUAAUAUAUUUAGCCAAGUGAUGCACUUUAUGGUAAUUAAAAUUUUGCGUGCCAACUCUAAUUGGUGAAUUUCUUGAGUAACUGGAGUUAGGAAAAAUAAUUAUGUAGUGCCUUGACUGUGUCACUUUUUACAGAAGUCUUCCAGGGUCUGUGAGUCCACUUUAUGAAAAAGUGUUUAUUUCAGCUUUGUAUAUAGUUGUCAAAAGCGCCUCAUUUCAUCUUUAUGUUAUGAAGCUCCUCGUUUAUUUUCUGUUUCUACUGUUUCGCAUCUCGUUGUUGACAAGCACUGUAAUCAUACUAGCAUUCUGAAAUGCCAGCUGGUGUGUUGUACUCCAUAUACUUUCUAAAAAACUGGCUGCGGAAAUGGAGUAACAAGCUCCAUUUUUUUUUUCUUCGCUGUCUAAAAGUUUGCCAGGAUCUUGAUGUACAAAUUACAAUGCGGUUAUUUAAGAUUCUGCUGACAUAGAGUAACAGACCUUUGUUGUAAAAAGGAGGCUGCUUUUCACCAAAGUACCAGAAAUGUUAAAAGUCUUCAUCAAAAUGCACAGGUAUGCUCAGUCUUGGACCAUUUCCACAAAGUGUAUUGGAAAUAUAGUAUCCUGGGAGAUGGAAAGACUAUAACAAACUUGUGUACUUGUUUAUUUCAAAAGAUUAUUCUAGACUUAAAAAAGGUUUUAAAAGAACAAUCGAUUAAUGUUAAUAAUAUUUUAAUUUUAAUAAUGAAAUAUUAAUGUUAAAAUUAAUGUAGUGUAAUAAAACAAGAUUAUGCUAAAUUCUAGAUGUUACAGUGCUUUUAAAGUGAGCCCUACACUUGGAAAAUCUGGCCUUUCACAAGAUUGUACGUAACCUUUUGGACGGUUGAAGAAAAACUUGUAAAUUAGGUAAACCACUAUUAUUUAUAUUAGAAUUUACUUUGUUACUUUUAUAAUGCAUUUAUUCCCAGUAUUAUAUUCAUUUAAUAAAUUAUUUUUUCAGUACAACAGUAGCUGUGUUGUUCAAAUGUCGGAUACCAGUUUCUACAUUCUCCCUAUCCCUUACGAUUAUUAUGUUUUAGUGAUAGUUAGAGCUUCAUUUCACAGAUGUGGAAUGAGGUUUUAAGUUUAUAUUACGGAUCGCUUUAAGUGUUUGUAAAUAAGAGCAAUGCACUUUAAAUGUAACCAAUAUUAAUUAAAAAACAACUGAAACAAAA